CAAACUGCGAUUGAGUGGAGUCUCAAAGGUCGCUGUGUCGCAGCUUAAUUAGCAUAGGUCGUUCCUCAUCCGCGAUGCGCACACGCGCGUCGUGUUGAUUUAAGAUCCGGCGCGUUCACUCGUGAACACAUUUCAGCGUCUACACGUGAUUGCUAUGUAGACGAGGACCUCUCAGCACACAGGAUUCUAGGCGUCGUGCGAUCCGGCGGUCGAGCGGGACAUUACAAACCCGUGCAGAGAUCAUCGCUUGCUGUUUUGACAACGACCUCGUUAGCACUUAGCACCGAUCGCUACACCCCUGGUUUAGUAAUUUUAACGAUGUUUUCCGGACGCUAACGCAGGUUUGUUGCACGUUCUGGUGCUAGGUACCAACCCGAGUCGGGUCGCUCGUAAUAAAAGAAAUCCUUCUUACUCCUCGGGUGAUAAACGCAGCGGGUUCCUUAUAGAGCUGCCUUCGACUGCGUGUCACAUCGUGCAGAGCUGAGAUAUGCACUUGUAGUUAUUCUUUGUGCUUCGAAGACGUCAAUUAGACGACAGCGCUCUGCGUGUGAGAUCAACAUGGCGUCUCAUGUGGAUACGCGGAAAACAGUAAUAAGUUACAGUCCGUAUGCACCGACGUUCACGCGAUCGCCGCUUGCGGACGUCUCCUCACAUCUAAAGACUGCUAUCAAUUGGCACGAACAGGACAGAAUGUCGACGAGUGACGCGCACCGCAUUGCUAGCAAUCCGUCGUCCGAGAAUUGGCCGAGUAUAUGCAACGAGAGACGACAACCGUCGACGCAAUCAUCAAUUCGAGAAGCUCGCAAAGGUCAGCCGACAACGGAGCCGACGACAGACGACAAUGACGAUGGCAUCAUCGACGUCGGCCAAGAGGAGCCGUUUAUUACCAGGAAUGCGCCCUUCGCGAGUACGGCGGGUGUCCGUAAGCAACCGCUGGGUUCACCGCGUCAGGAUCUCGCGACGAUCAACGGUAAGCCUCUGGCGUCGCACUUCGGCGUCGGCAGCGAAGUUGAGCAGCGUUUAAGCGCAAGGUCGAUGCUAUCACGUAACGACGCGAUGAUGAACAAUCUCGGUGGCCGACCAGGCUCCGCUAGCCGAGAAAACGAGCAUACGUCAUCGAAGGGUCCAGAUGAAUAUCUGUCCUGCGUAUCGAGCUCCUUGAGCUCGCAGCAGCAGUGGAUGCUGCACAGUGGUAGCGCUAAUGGUGACCACCUGUGCUCCCAAGAUGACCUUGGUUAUCACUCGUCUGAGGUCGCCAGCAUCAGCUCAGACACGAGAAGCAAAUGCGGAAGCUGCGACAGUAUUAACACGCUGGGGAGAAAGUCGGCGAGUCCUGCUGGCUCCGUCAGCCAGCUGAGUCCAAUGAAUCGUCAUGACAACGGCACGCUCGCAGCACACGGCGGGCCGCGGCGCACGGGAUCGCGCGUGACGCCCUACGACAUCCCUGCACAGAGCACGUUGGAGAGAAGCGGGAAGCCGCCGCCGCUAUCCCUGGCCUCGUCGUCGGCCGUCGCCGCUCCGUCGUCUCCCGUGCUGCCUUCGCCGUUCUACAGCCCGCUCUGCUUUCCGGCCAGUCCGUUCUACGGCAUGCACGCCGUACCGGGGCCGCAUUUCUCUCCGUCGCUAUCGGGGAAAUAUCCCGUAUCUCCGUUCACGCCGGUUGCGCGUUCCGGCUUCGCCAUCACGGCCGACGCGUUCCUGCCGCCGACGCCGACGAUGUCGCUAGCGCAAACGGCGCCGUACGCGAUGUUCGCGACUGUACCGCCACCGGGGAGCUCUCCGUAUCCGGGGUUGUCGCCAUCGUCGGUGUUCCAGAUGCCUGCACAUGCGGUCGGCUACGGCAUGGGCGGACAGCCCCCGUUCACACAAUAUACGCUGCUGCAGGAUGCCGCGGCAACGUGCAGGUCGCACCCGCUCUACCCACUUCUUAGAGACAUGGUGCUCGUAGAUGAUACGUUUGACAGACCGAGCAGCCCAAUACAUCUGCUUUACUCUCUACCGUCUGAUCUCAACGCACUCAUACAGAAAUAUCUCGAUAAAAAUCCACCCGCCGCGAACAAGAAGGCGGUUAGCGGCAAAUGCGAUCAGAACAUGGAGCGGGUGUUUAUGGAAUCUCUACGCCUCACACACGAAUCUGUGAUGAGAAAAAUAGAGCACAGACGAUCACUCGAGAAAGAAGGAAAGCUCUUUUCAAGGUCAUCGAACGCAAUUGAUGAUUUCUUCGAACGGUUCGAUAAAACACUGAAGAACAAUAUGGAUGUCAACGACGUGCGUGUAGAGGCGAAACACAUGACACUCGCUACGGAUUUAUCUGCUGCAAGAAGAGAAAACGGAAAUCUGCCAACGGAGGCCGUGCGCACGAUGAAGCAGUGGUUGCUCGCUCAUCUGGAGUAUCCCUACCCGAACGACGACGAGAAGGAUGCGCUGAUCAGACAGACGCGCCUCUCAAUCCAGCAGAUCAACUACUGGUUCACGAACGCUCGCCGACGUCUCGUGCCUAACAUGACGAAUGGCGUCGGGCCGACUGUAGCCUAUAGAUAGGUCUGGCAACGACUAUCCGUCACUCGCCUUCUGUAAUAUACGACAUAAUUACGAUGGUCCCGGUUCACAUGCCGUAUUUAUAUAUCGAAAAGGGUCGUCGCUGCGAUUAUUGCGCCAUUUGUGUGUGUGUGUGUGUGUAUGCGUGUGUGUAUGAUUGCGUGUGUUAGCGUGUACAUAAUAUUGUGUGAUGUGUGUGCGCGCGCGCGUGUGUGUGUGUGUGUGUGUGCGUGCGUGUGUUCGUGCGUGCGCGUGCGUGUGUGUG